CCAUCACACCUGCCCAGAACUGACAUCCACCUUGCCUUAACCCAGCGUGGUCCCCUGACGGGGUCCCAGCGACCAGCAAGUCAGGACAUUCUGGCCCACCCAGUGAGAGCUCUGAGGACUCCCUGAAGUGGACAGAGGAACGAGUCCUCCGUUAAGAGCCCCUCCCUGCCAUCCGCCAAGUUAGCGCAGCCAGGGGUAAGAGUCAAGUGCGGAGGGGCAAGCGUGCCACCGCAGCCAGAGAUGUCCACGAGUAACCCCCCCAAUGCCUUCCUGGACACGCCGUCCAGCCCCUCGGGCCGCUUUCAGGUAAACGUCGUGGCCGAGGGCCCCGAGGGCGGCACGCUGGAUGGGGCCCUGAGUGACCCUCCGCACUAUGAGGAGACAUCGUUUGGGGGCGAAGCGCAGAACCGGGCGGCAGGGGGCUUCCGGCCCGCUCCCCGGGACCGCUUCGAUGGCUUCUUGCCACGGCCUGACGGCAGCCUCCAUGCCUCCGACACACACGGUGAUGCCUGCUACCUGCAGACCUUUGGCCGCAACACGCUGGACGCAGUGCCCAGGAUCGACUACUACCGCAACACAGGCAGUGUCAGCGGCGCCAAGCUCAGCCGGCCCAGCCUGCAUGAGCUGCACGAGCAGCUGGCCAAGAAUGUGGCUGUGAGCCCAGGCUCAGCAGACAGGGUGGGCAACGGAGAUGGACCGACCGGAGACAGCCCAGCAGGAGGGCUUGACGAGGAAGAUGCUGGCAAGUCCGUGAAGUUUGGCUGGGUGAAAGGUGUCCUGGUGCGGUGCAUGCUGAAUAUCUGGGGAGUCAUGCUGUUUAUCCGUCUCUCCUGGAUCGUUGGCCAAGCUGGGAUUGGUCUCGGAGUCAUCAUUAUCAGCCUGAGUGUGGUCGUCACAACACUGACCGGCCUGUCCAUGUCCGCCAUCUGCACCAACGGGGUGGUGCGUGGAGGCGGUGCCUACUACCUCAUAUCCCGGAGCCUGGGCCCCGAGUUUGGGGGCUCCAUCGGGCUGAUCUUUGCCUUCGCCAAUGCUGUGGCCGUGGCCAUGUAUGUCGUGGGGUUCGCCGAGACCGUCGUGGGGCUCCUGGAGGACAGUCAGGCCCUGAUGGUGGACAAGACCAAUGACAUCAGGAUCAUUGGCUCCAUCACUGUGGUGAUUCUGCUGGGCAUCUCGGUGGCAGGCAUGGAGUGGGAGGCCAAGGCUCAGGUGAUUCUCCUGAUCAUUCUUGUCAUUGCGAUUAUUAACUUCUUCAUUGGGACAGUCAUCCCCUCCAGUGCCGAGAAGAAGUCAAGAGGUUUCUUUAAUUACCAGGCCUCGAUAUUUGCAGAAAACUUUGGGCCCAACUUCAUGGAUGGGGAAGGUUUCUUCUCCGUCUUCGCCAUCUUCUUCCCAGCUGCCACAGGCAUCCUGGCUGGAGCCAAUAUUUCCGGGGACCUGGAGGACCCCCAAGAUGCCAUCCCAAAGGGCACCAUGCUGGCCAUUCUCAUUACCACGCUUGUCUACGUCGGUGUGGCCAUCUGCCUGGGCGCCUGUGUAGUCCGAGAUGCCACGGGGAGCGUCAAUGACACGGUCACCACUGGGCUGAGUGGUGCCUGCAAUGGCUCUGCAGCCUGUGGGCUGGGCUAUGACUUCUCCACUUGUGGGAGCCAUGGCUGCCGCUAUGGGCUGAUGCAGGAUUUCCAGGUCAUGAGCAUGGUAUCCGGGUUUGGCCCCCUGAUCACGGCUGGCAUCUUCUCAGCCACGCUGUCCUCGGCCCUGGCCUCCCUCGUCAGCGCUCCUAAGGUCUUCCAGGCCCUGUGCAAGGACAACAUCUACCGGGCGCUGCAGUUCUUCGCCAAGGGCUACGGCAGGAACAAUGAGCCCCUGCGAGGCUACGUGCUCACUUUCAUUAUCGCCAUGGCCUUCAUCCUGAUAGCUGAGCUCAAUGCCAUCGCCCCCAUCAUCUCCAACUUCUUUCUGGCCUCCUAUGCCCUCAUCAACUUCUCCUGUUUCCACGCUUCAUACGCCAAGUCUCCCGGCUGGAGACCAGCCUAUGGCAUCUACAACAUGUGGGUUUCGCUGUUUGGGGCCGUGCUGUGCUGCGCCGUCAUGUUCGUCAUCAAUUGGUGGGCGGCCGUCAUCACAUACGCCAUCGAGUUCUUCCUGUACAUCUAUGUCACCUACAAGAAGCCCGAUGUCAACUGGGGCUCAUCCACGCAGGCCCUGUUCUAUGUGAAUGCCGUCAACAGUGCUCUGGAGCUGACUACAGUGGAGGACCACGUGAAAAAUUUCAGGCCCCAGUGCAUCGUCCUCACAGGUGAGCCCGUGACCCGGCCAGCACUCUUGGACAUCACUCAUGCCUUCACCAAGAAUAGUGGCCUCUGCAUCUGCUGCCAAGUCUUUGUGGGCCCGCGCAAGCUCUGCGUGCAGGAGAUGAAUUCUGGCAUGGGCAGGAAGCAGGCCUGGCUCACUAGCAACAAGCGCAAGGCUUUCUAUGCAGCUGUGGCAGCCGACUCUUUCCGUGAUGGCGUCAGGAGCCUACUCCAGGCCUCUGGCUUAGGCCGGAUGAAACCCAACACACUGGUUCUUGGGUUCAAGAGGAACUGGAGGAAGGCAGCACUGGCCGAAAUUGAGAACUACGUUGGCAUCAUCCAUGACGCCUUUGACUUUGAGAUGGGCAUAGUCAUCGUCCGGAUCAGCCAAGGAUUUGACAUAUCCCAGGUGCUCCAGGUCCAAGAUGAGCUGGAGAAACUGGAGCAGGAGAGACUGGCACUGGAGGCAGCCCUGAAAGACCCUGAGGACACAGAGGGUAGCGGUGGGCUCCGAGGACUCUUUCAUAAAGCUGGCAAGCUCCACAUCACCAAGCAAGUUGUGAAGAAAGACGUGAGUAUCCGUACGGUCCAGUCCACACCCGCAGGGGAAAUCAACCAGAGGCUAGUCGAGGCCAGCGGCCAGUUCAAGAAGAAACAAGGCAAAGGCACCAUCGAUGUCUGGUGGCUGUUCGAUGAUGGAGGGUUGACCCUCCUCAUCCCCUACAUCUUGACACUGCGGAAGAAGUGGAAGGGCUGCAGGCUGCGGAUCUUCGUCGGUGGGAAGAUCAACCGCAUCGAGGAAGAGAAGAUAGCAAUGGCUUCCCUCCUGAGCAAAUUCCGGAUAAAAUUUGCAGACAUCCACAUCAUCGGUGACAUCAACAUUAAACCAAACAAAGAGAGCUGGAAGUUCUUUGAAGAGAUGAUUGAACCCUAUCGCCUUCACGAGAGUCGCAAAGAUUUGACAACAGCAGAGAAAUUGAGACGGGAAACUCCAUGGAAAAUUAUGGAUUCGGAGAUGGAAACGUUCAAGGAAAAGAGUCUGCGCCAGGUCCGGCUGAAUGAGUUGCUUCAGGAGCACUCCAGAGCUGCCAACCUGAUUGUCCUGAGCCUGCCGGUUGCAAGGAAGGGAACAGUAUCUGAUCUGCUAUACAUGGCUUGGCUGGAAAUCCUCACCAAGAACCUCCCACCCAUCCUUCUGGUCAGAGGGAACCACAAAAACGUCCUGACUUUCUACUCCUGAAGUCGGCCAGCCUCCUCCCACUCCUGUCUGGCCCACGGAAACUCUGGAGGGCCGGCAGGAGGGAGGCCCAGGUUGGCGCUCUCCGGAACGGCUUCCAGGCCUCUGACCUGAUGCUUUCUUUCUAUGUGUCUUUAGAACAGAGCAAACCCUGAUUUUUCACCUGGCUAGUAGGGACUGAAUUUUUCUCACAUAUCUGCCGGUGGCAGUAGGGAAGUCGG